GUGUCUCCAGGUGACGGCAGCCGGGUCGGGAGCUGUGGCUGGCGCGGGGUCGGAGCCGAGGAGUCGGCAUGGAGCACAUCCGCACCACCAAGGUAGAGCAGGUGAAGUUACUAGACCGGUUCAGCACCAACAACAAGUCAUUAACAGGAACUCUGUACCUUACAGCAACUCAUCUAUUAUUUAUAGAUUCUGGCCAGAAAGAGACUUGGAUACUACAUCAUCAUAUUGCUGCAGUGGAGAAACUUGCCUUGACUACUUCAGGCUGCCCUCUUGUAAUCCAGUGCAAGAACUUCAGAAUAGUUCACUUUAUUGUUCCUAGAGAAAGGGAUUGUCAUGACAUUUACAACUCAUUGUUACAGCUUUCAAGGCCAGUGAGAUAUGAUGAACUAUAUGCCUUCUCUUACAAUCCAAAGCAGAAGGAGUCUGAACAGGUGAAAGGCUGGCAGCUUAUUGAUUUAGCAGAAGAAUAUAAGCGGAUGGGAGUGCCAAACACCAACUGGCAGUUAUCUGAUGCAAAUCGUGAUUAUAAGGUUUGUGAAACCUAUCCUAGAGAACUUUAUGUUCCCAGAAUUGCAAGCAAACCCAUAAUUGUUGGUAGCUCCAAGUUCAGAAGCAAAGGAAGAUUCCCAGUGUUGUCAUAUUAUCAUAGAGACAAAGAGGCUGCCAUUUGCAGAUGCAGUCAACCUCUCUCAGGCUUCAGUGCCAGGUGUCUGGAGGAUGAGCACAUGCUACAAGCAAUCAGUAAAGCUAACCCUGCUAAUCGCUAUAUGUAUGUCAUGGACACCAGACCUAAACUUAAUGCAAUGGCGAACAGAGCAGCAGGUAAAGGCUAUGAAAAUGAGGACAACUACUCUAACAUUAGAUUUCAGUUUGUCGGCAUUGAAAAUAUUCAUGUAAUGAGAUCCAGCCUGCAAAAACUUCUAGAAGUCAGUGGUAUAAGGGGUUUGUCUGUCAACGAUUUUUUGUCUGGCUUGGAGAACUCUGGCUGGCUGCGUCAUAUCAAAGCUGUAUCGGAUGCUGCUGUCGUCUUGGCCAAAGCAAUAGUAGUUGAAAAUGCAAGUGUGUUAGUACACUGCUCUGAUGGCUGGGACAGGACUUCCCAAGUUUGUUCCCUUGGUGCUCUCUUACUGGAUUCCUAUUACAGGACAAUUAAAGGAUUCAUGGUUUUAAUAGAAAAGGACUGGAUCUCUUUUGGACACAAAUUUUCUGACAGAUGUUGUCAACUGGAUGGGGACCCGAAGGAAAUCUCACCAGUGUUCACCCAGUUUUUAGAAUGUGUGUGGAAUCUGACAGAGCAAUUUCCACAAGCCUUUGAAUACAAUGAGGCUUUUCUUCUUCAGAUUCAUGAACACGUUCAUUCAUGCCAGUUUGGAAAUUUCCUUGGAAACUGCCAAAAAGAGCGAGAAGAACUCAAGUUGAGAGAGAAGACUUAUUCCUUGUGGCCGUUUCUCUUGGAUGAACAAAAGAAGUAUCUAAAUCCUCUAUACAAUCCAGAUUUGUCUCAGAAGCUUACCCUUUUGGAGCCAAACACAGUGUCCCUCAAUUUUAAGUUUUGGAGAAAUAUGUAUCAUCAGUUUGAUCGCACUAUGCAUCCCAGGCAGUCGGUAUAUAAUCUCAUUAUGGACAUGAAUGAACAAAAUAAACAGUUGGAGAAAGACAUGAAAGAGCUAGAAGCUAAAAUAAAAGUGAGAAAUAAGCAACAAAAUGCAGUCCUCACCAAGGAACCAUUACAGUCUGUGCAUCCUACGCUUAAAACUCAGUGCUUUAAGGAGCAACCUCUGUUACCUGCAACUGAUGCUAUUCGAACUAUAGAGGGCAGCAACACAGCAGACAAUCGCUACAGUGAAUAUAUGGAGGAGUUCUCAAAAGCUGACCCUGCCGUUGUGAGCUUGGAGUAUGGAGUAGCAAGGAUGACCUGCUAACUGAAACAUGGAGCUGUGCUCCUUUUUUUCCUAGACAGACUGAAAUGCAAGGCAGAUUAUUGUGAAGAUGAUCUGUUGCUGCAUGACCAAAAAACAAAUUUGUAUAACGGUGAGCUUUGUUUUUGUAGAAUAGAACAGCAUGCUGGUUGUUAAGUGUUUGCUGUUCUCUGAGAAAUCAUGAAUAGAAUUUAGCUGUAUUCUUUUUUUAAAGGGGCAUUUGGUUAUUCAUAGUAACUUAAAAUUAAGGAGCGGUAUGUGUUUGGAUUUAA